CACGUCAGGCCCACCAUGCUAGACCGUAGUGGGCUACAGUGUUACAGUCACGAUACGAUACAAUACUUUCUAGUCUUAUUUUUAAACAUGGCUUGAGUUGAGAUCAUAGAAGCCUCAGCCAAUUUAGAUGAUUAUAUAAGUCUCUGAGGAAGCGAAGAGACCAUGUGUAACAUCUCAACCUCGUGCAAUGUUGACUCGAACAUAGACCAGUUCUUCCAGCCGGCGCUGUAUAUUUUCGUCAUCGUCCUUGGCUUCCCCACUAACUGCAUGGCCCUGUGGGCCGCGUACAUGCAGGUCAGACAGAAGAAUGAGUUGGGGGUCUACUUGAUGAACCUCUCGGUGGCUGACCUCUUGUAUAUAGCCACUUUGCCGCUUUGGAUUGAUUAUUUCCUCCACCAUGACAACUGGAUCCACGGUCAAGUGUCCUGCAAGAUGUUUGGUUUCAUCUUCUACACCAACAUCUACGUCAGCAUCGCCUUCCUCUGCUGCAUAUCUGUGGAUCGUUACUUGGCAGUGGCUCAUCCCCUGAAAUUCGCUAAAGUCCGCAGGGUCAAAACAGCCUUGCUGGUCUGUGCCGUUGUGUGGGUAACUGAAAUAGUGGCCAACUCUGCACCUCUCUUCCACGAUGAGCUUUUCAAGGACCGCUUUAACCACACCUUCUGCUUCGAGAAGUAUCCCAUGCAGGAUUGGGUGGCCGGGAUGAACCUUUACCGCACUUUCCUCGGCUUCUUGGUGCCUUGGGGUGUGAUGUUAGCUGCUUACAGAGGCAUCCUGAGAGCCGUGCGCAGUAACGUCUCGACCGAGCACCAAGAGAAAGCCAAAAUCAAGAGGCUGGCCCUCAGUUUGAUCCUCAUCGUCCUCCUCUGCUUUGCUCCCUACCACGUCCUCCUGCUGUGGCGCAGCGUGCUUUUCCUCAGCAACCCCUGCGAUUGUGGUGGCGAGGAGAACUUGUUUGGUGCUUAUCAUGUGACUCUAGCGCUCACUAGCCUCAACUGCGUGGCAGACCCCAUCCUCUAUUGCUUUGUCAAUGAAGGGGCCCGUCAUGAUGUGGGCCGGGGCCUGGCCACUCUCUUCGGUCUCUUCCAGCGGGGCCAAAGCCCAGAGGCGCUCAUGGGGGCAUCCAUCACCGUGGAGACGCCCCUGGCUAUGAAGAAGCCCGAUUUCUACAGUGAGGUCAAAACAAAUGCCUAUAAAACUGACAUUGAAGUGCUCAAAGAUGAGUGCCUUCAAAUGACCAUUCUCAGUGUUAAAAAGUGAAGUUAAAUGGUGUAACCUACAGCGGUCACCUAAAGUGUGUGGACACUUGUGUGCGCACUUAAAACUGAAUUUUUAUUGAAAUUAGCAAAAUAUUAAACCAAGUGGCAUCCGCAAAAGCUGCUGGAUCUUUUAUUAAAAAUAAUUUCAGUUUUUGUGAGCCAUUUUGUCAGUGACUUUUAAAGCCCAAAGUAUACUUAAGUUUUGACGCGAAUGCCUAGCUACUUGUGUUUGAUAGCAUGCUCAAACACUGGCCCUCAACACAUGCGCACUAUGAAGUUUUGUCCUUUUCCAGUGUCUACGCUAUUUCUCUCCAGAAGUUAUGGCUGAUAAAAUUGUCUUUGUACUUGUUUAAACUAGAGUUGCGUGUAUCUCUUAACCCCCUCACACAAGUGCCGGUCAACAAAAGCAUCUUUUGUUGUUGCUGUCUCCAGUUAGUUUGUUUUUCUGUUUUGACUGUGAAA